AUGGCUGGAGAAAGAAGCCGUAAGAAACUAAAGACGACGAUCAAGCACUUUGGUGACAGUUCGAGCAUCAUCACAUCAGCCAAAUCCAGCAACGAGGUUGCCACAAGAAUUUUACUUGAUGACGCCCACAAUGGUUUCAAGAAUGGAAAUUUCGUUUGUUCGCCAUUUUCACUUGACACGGUGAUGGGAAUGCUUGCUGCCGGAGCCGAAGGCAAAACUUUGAAACAGUUAUUGGACUUCCUUGGACAUGAAACUGUUGACCAACUUCUUUCUGAGUCACCAACUGCUAUACUUUUGUCUCAGAUUUCAUCCGACUCAAACCGUGCAGGCAGAGGAGGCCCUGUUAUCGGUUUAGCAAAUAGUAUUUGGGUUGACAUGAAAGGUUACAAGAUCCUCCAAAUUCCAUAUGAAAGCAAAGGCCAAUCCAAUGAUUUCUCCAUGUAUAUCUUCCUCCCCGAUAGGAAAGAUGGAUUGCAGGAGCUCCUACAAGUUUUUCAUUCCGAUCCUGCUUUAUUUCAGAAGAGAUUUUACCUUAAAAGGACUGGAUUUGAUGAGCUACGGAUACCCAAGUUCAAGAUGUCUUGUAAAUUUGAUCCUAAAGAUGCUAUGGAACAAAUGGGAUUGACAUUGCCUUUCAAUCCUAUGAAUAUGGAGCUUAACAGGAUACUAGAGUCUACAAAUUCUGGGGGUGCUGAUAUGCUUUAUGUUUCAAAAAUACUUCAGAAAUCCUUUAUUGAAGUUGACAAAAAAGGGACAGAAGCUGCUGCUUGUACUAUAGCGACGAUGAGAAUAGGAUGUGCUCGGCAACUUGAGCCUCCACCUCCACGACCAAGGUUUGUGGCGGACCAUCCGUUCAUGUUCAUGAUAAGAGAAGACACUUCCAUGGCUGUUCUCUUCAUCGGGGUGGUACUCAAUCCCCAUGCUUAA